AAGAAAAUUGCCGCUUAAGUAAAUAAUAAGCCUUUCGACCGGAGCUUCGAGUGUUUCGACUGCUCUGUUCGUCGAGCGAAAAAGGAAAAAGGCGCCGCCGCGGUGUCGUUCGUAUCGCUUUUGCGUGAACGAUAAAACGUGUGCAUGUGUGCAAAUUAUAAGACUUAGGUGUGUAUCUAAGUACACGAGAUUUGGUUUGAUCUUCGUGAAUUAUCUGUGAUUUUAACUACUGCAAUUGGGCCAUCUAGGACUGUUUAUAUUUUCCUUGUGAUUUAACUUAAUGGUAAGCUAUGGCUGGUAAAAGAACUGCUACCUCUGAUCUUAACGCAGACAAUUGGAACCAAGAGGAUGAACCAGAAGAAGCUGGAACAUUUAAAAAAGCAUCUGAAGACGUGCUCAGCAAACGAGUUGUAAAGGCAGCUAGGCGGCGACUUCCACAAUCUGGGGACGAGUCAACCAAAAGCGCGUUUGGAGGAUUCACUGGUUUUAAAAGUAUACCGGCAGGAGGUACAAGUACAGCUUCACCUUUCAGCUUCUUAGCAAAGGCAAAAUCAGAAAGUAGUGCAUCAACUACUUCAAGUUCAAGUUUCAUUCCAAAUAAAACUCCUGCGACAAACGGGUCCACAAAGAUCUCAGAAAACGGUAUAGGCAUUUAUCCAGCAUCAUCAAACCCACUGGGGUCAAAGGAUACAAAGAUGACAAAACCUACUUCUACCGAAAAAGAAAGUCCAUCACCCAAGAAGCCUUCUGAGUAUUAUGCAAAAUUAAAGGGUCUGAACCAAAGUGUUGCGCAGUGGAUAAAGAGUCACGUAGAUGCAAACCCUGUGUGUAUUCUGACACCAAUAUUUCGAGACUACGAGAAAUAUUUGAAAGAAAUUGAGGCUAAGCAUGGAAAGGAAUUAGAUAGUUCAAAAACUGAAACAAAAUCAAAUACUCAGUCAGAGUUGAAACCAACUGAGAAAGUCCAACCAGCAGCUCAAGCAGAGAAGAAGCAAGAAAAUUUCAUUUUUGGUAGCUCCAGCUCUAAACUAUCAACAGAGGGAUCAUCCGAAGGCUGGAAACCUGAAAAAUCGAUUUUUGGAAGCUCUAGUAGUUCUUCGAAAUCGAUAUUUUCAUCAGGAGACAAGUCAGAUGCUAAGAGUCCAUUCAGUGCUACAUCCACUAUGACAGCAGACAAAAAUCCAUUCUUAUCCAAAUCUCCUAGUCUAGCUAAGUCACCUUCAGUUACUGAAACUAAAAAGGAUGAAGAAUCAAAUAAAUCAGAAGAGAAAACUUCCACAGGUCUCACUUUUCCACAAUCCAGCUUAGGCUCUGCUAAUUUUAGUUUUGGUCAAAGCUCUUCCACUAGCACAGCUGCUGCAGGAUUCAGUUUUGGAAGUGGUAAGCCAUUCACUUUUGGAUCAGCAGUAUCAAAACCUGCAGAAUCCGAGGAAAAAUCGGGUAACAACGAAGAGAAAGAAGACGAAGAUGACGAACCUCCUAAGCCAGAUUUCAAGCCAGUUACGGAAGAAGGAUCCAUUUACGAACAAAAGUGCAAAGUUUUCGUAAAGAAAGACGGAAACUACAGUGACAGAGGUGUCGGUACAUUGUUCCUGAAACCAGCACCCAAUGACAAAAUGCAACUGAUUGUGCGCGCCGUCAACUCUUUGGGAAACCUUUUACUUAAUACUUUGCUUAACGAAAGCAUUCCGAUAAAGCGACUCAACAAGACCAACAUAAUGCUGGUAUGCUUGCCCUUGCCGACUGCUGAGCCACCACCCGUUGCGACGUUGCUCAGGGUGAAAACGCCCGAGGAGGCUGAUGCGCUCUUCGAAGCCCUGGAGAAGCAUAAAAAAUAGUGGCGUUAAAAGUGCAAACUCACACGAUUGUAUUCAUACUUUCGAACUAUUUUUAAAAAUCCUUCGUUCGCGAACAGACUUGUUUGGUUCUGCAAUACCUUGUGAGAGAAUAUGAACGGAUUUGUCGUGAACGAAUGUCUUGGUUAACAUCAAAUAGAGACAUCUUAGGAGGCAUACGAUAAUUUUGCAUUGUAGAAGACCAGCCACAACAAGCACUUGACAAAAGUAAAAUUAUAGGGGACUUUGUGCUAGAAGUACGAAUCAGCAUACUAGUAUUAUUCUCUUCCGUGAAUUUACAGUUGUUUUCAAAUAGGAAAAUCCUAUAUUUUUUUUAAGUGUGAAAAUGCCUGAAGAACAUUCAAUUUAUAUUCUUUAAAUAGCCUUAUGCAAAAUUUUCUGAGCAAACACAGACAACAAUUGUAUAAGUUGUCCGUAGAAUGGGGCAGACAAACAAUGAGUCAAACGUUUUGUGUAAAAAUGCAUCUGUCGCUUACCUGGAAGCACGCAUGUGAAAGAAUCACGUAUUUGCAUUAGUUUCUUGUUUGUCGUUUAUUUUGAUUGUAUAUUUUAUAUCAUUUUUUAAUGUUUCUGAAUUGUAGAUAUUAAUAAAUUAAAAAGAGUGCGGAAUACUCUGGAAUGUAUGACACAUUCAGGUAUUAUAAUGAAGCAUUUUUGAUCAUGAAACGUUUAGCUGUAAUACAUGGAGUCCUUGUCUAUCAAUUUAAAUGCACAUCUAUCAAUUUUAUCAACGGUAUGUGCAUAAGUGAAUCAUGUACGAUUCUAUUAAGUUUGUUUUAACUUUAAUAUUUGAGAAUAAUUAUUUUUUUUUAAUUUUAGUAAAAAGUAAGAACUGAACAUGGAAAGUGAUUUCCACUGCCAUUAGCAAACAAUCGCGAACUUGAACCGCUAAUUUAGUAAAAAAAAAAUAGGUCACUUGUACAUAAAUAAAGUGCUACAAUAUGACAAGCACAGUAAAAAUAUCACUGUAACUUUUGCUAUGUUGUAAAAAUAUACAUUUCUCAUUAUGCUUAGGUAAUGUAACAAUGAAUAAAGAACACAUUUUUUUAAUGAUAGUUUAUUUACACAACUUUUAAAAUAAGGCUUCAUUUUAUGAGUGAAAAAUUCAUUUGAAAUACAGACUGUUAUGACAUGAAAAGAAC